AUGUCUGCUGAAGCGUCCACCACCCCCGUCGACAACACUGUCACCAGUGCCCCCGAUGCCGCCGCCGCCGCCGCCGCUGCCCCUGCGGCCGAGGUGACCAGCGCGGAUGCCGCCCAGGCGCCCGCCCCCGCCGCCCAGCAGCCGCACUCGGCCUCGCUGUACGUCGGUGAGCUCGACCCCUCUGUCACCGAGGCCAUGCUGUACGAGCUCUUCUCCUCCAUCGGCCAGGUGGCGUCGAUCCGUGUGUGCCGUGAUGCCGUGACCCGUCGCUCCCUCGGCUACGCGUACGUCAACUACAACAACACCGCCGACGGCGAGCGUGCCCUCGAGGACCUCAACUACACUCUGAUCAAGGGCAAGCCCUGCCGUAUCAUGUGGUCCCAGCGUGACCCCGCCCUGCGCAAGACCGGCCAGGGCAACGUCUUCAUCAAGAACCUCGACAGCGCCAUCGACAACAAGGCCCUGCACGACACCUUCGCCGCCUUCGGCAACAUUCUCAGCUGCAAGGUCGCCCAGGACGAGUUUGGCAACUCCAAGGGAUACGGCUUUGUCCACUACGAGACCGCCGAGGCUGCCAACAACGCCAUCAAGCACGUCAACGGCAUGCUGCUCAACGACAAGAAGGUCUUCGUCGGCCACCACAUCUCCAAGAAGGACCGCCAGAGCAAGUUCGAGGAGAUGAAGGCCAACUUCACCAACAUCUACAUCAAGAACAUCGACCCGGACACCACCGACGACGAGUUCCGUCAGCUCUUCGAGAAGUUUGGCGACAUCACAUCCGCCACCCUCAGCCGGGACCAGGACGGUAAGAGCCGCGGCUUCGGCUUCGUCAACUACGCCACCCACGAGUCUGCCCAGGCCGCUGUCGAGGAUAUGAACGAUAAAGAUCACAGAACCCAGAAGCUUUACGUCGGUCGCGCCCAGAAGAAGCACGAGCGUGAGGAGGAGCUGCGCAAGCAGUACGAGGCUGCCCGCCUCGAGAAGGCCUCCAAGUACCAGGGCGUCAACCUCUACGUCAAGAACCUGACCGAUGAUGUCGAUGAUGACAAGCUGCGCGAUCUCUUCAGCGCCUACGGCACCAUCACCUCGGCCAAGGUCAUGCGCGACACCGAGCGCAGCGAGAGCCCCGACUCCUCCGACGAGAAGGCCAAGGAGGCCGCCGACAAGGAGGCCGCCCCCGCCGCUGAGCAGGAGGCGGAGAAGGAGAACGACAAGCCCGCCGAGGAGUCUGCCGAGCAGACCUCCGACGAGGCCGCUGCCGACGCCCAGUCCGACAAGAAGCUCCUCGGCAAGAGCAAGGGCUUCGGUUUCGUCUGCUUCAGCAGCCCCGAUGAGGCCUCCAAGGCCGUCACCGAGAUGAACCAGCGUAUGGUCAACGGCAAGCCCCUCUACGUCGCCCUCGCCCAGCGUAAGGAUGUCCGCCGCAGCCAGCUCGAGGCUAGCAUCCAGGCCCGCAACACCAUCCGCCAGCAGCAGGCCGCUGCCGCCGCCGGCAUGCCCCAGCCGUACAUGCAGCCCGCCGUCUUCUACGGUCCCGGCCAGCAGGGCUUCCUGCCCGGUGGUCAGCGCGGUGGCAUGCCCUUCGCCCCCCAGCCGGGAAUGGUCAUGCCUGGUAUCCCUGGAGGACGCCCAGGCCAGUACCCCGGUCCCUUCCCCGGCCAGCAGGGUGGCCGUGGCCUCGGCCCCAACCAGCAGAUCCCCGGUAACUUCGCCCAGGGCAUCCCCAUGGGCGCCAUGCAGGGCCCCGGUGGCAUGCCCAACGGUAUGGGUUACCCCCAGAUGGCUCAGGUCCAGGCCUUUGGCCGUGGUGGCGGCGGUCGCCAGGUGCCUGGCAUGCCUCCUAACAUGGGUCAGGGCAUGCGUGGUGGCCCCGGUGGCUACCGUGGCGGUGCCCCCGCCCAGGGCCGUGGCCGCGGUCAGAACAACGCGGCGGCCCAGCCCGCGACCGGUCGUGAUGAGGCCCCUGCCCCCGGUGGUCUGACCCUCCAGACCCUCUCCGCGGCGCCCCCGGCUCAGCAGAAGCAGAUGCUCGGUGAGAGCCUCUACCCCAAGAUCCAGGCCCAGCAGCCCGAGCUCGCCGGCAAGAUCACCGGUAUGCUUCUUGAGAUGGACAACGCCGAGCUCCUCAGCCUGCUCGAGGAUGAAGAGGCCCUGCGCGCCAAGGUCGACGAGGCACUUAGCGUUUAUGACGAGUACAUGAAGAACAAGGGCGACGGCGAGCCUGCGGGAGAGAUCCCCAAGCCCAAGGAGGAGGCCAAGGAGCCCUCCACCGAGGAGAACAAGUCGUAA